GGGAUGGGCGCCCGCCGAGGAAAGCAGCGAGAGGCGGGCCUGGCGGACCGGGCGGGCUGGAGGCUGCGCGGAGCCGCUGCGUGCCGCCGCGGGUGCGGGCCCGCGGGCUGCGGGAGGCGUGAGCCGCUCCCGGGGCCGUGACGGUGAGCGGCGGGAUUGUGACGCGCAGGCGGGGAGGAGGGCACCGGGCUGGACGUGGGCGCAGGCACCGGGGCCGACUCUGGGCGGGCUCGUCGCGGCCGUUGCAGCGGUUGGAGAGCGUUGCUGCCCGCCGCCUGCAGGGGAAAGUGCGAGGAGAUGCUCCGUAGGAGAGCGGCAGGAGCUGUCGUAAGCGUCGCAGCACUGAACUGCCUCAUGUAGGAGAGUGACAGGAGCUGUCCUGAGCGUUGUAGCACUGAACCGCCGCCUCAGGUAUCCUGGCUCUGGAACUUGCUAUGGGAGAUUGGAUGACUGUGACAGAUCCAGUUCUGUGUACAGAAAACAAAAAUCUCUCUCAAUAUACCUCAGAAACAAAGAUGUCUCCGUCCAGUUUGUACUCCCAGCACGUUCUGUGCUCUUCAGUACCUUUAUCCAAAAAUGUGCAUGGUGUUUUCGGUGUCUUCUGCACAGGAGAGAACAUUGAACAAAGUAUUUCCUAUCUUGAUCAGGAGCUGACCACCUUCGGGUUUCCUUCCUUGUAUGAAGAAUCCAAAAGUAAAGAGGCAAAGAGAGAAUUAAAUAUAGUUGCUGUUCUGAACUGUAUGAACGAGCUGCUCGUGCUUCAGCGGAAGAACCUGCUGGCCCAGGAAAGCGUGGAGACACAGAACCUGAAGCUGGGCAGUGACAUGGACCACCUGCAGAGCUGCUACUCCAAACUUAAGGAGCAGUUGGAAACGUCCAGGCGGGAGAUGAUCGGGCUUCAGGAGAGAGACAGGCAGCUGCAGUGCAAGAACAGGAGUUUGCAUCAGCUCCUGAAGAAUGAGAAAGAUGAGGUACAAAAAUUACAAAAUAUCAUAGCCAGUCGGGCUACUCAGUAUAAUCAUGAUGUGAAGAGGAAGGAGCGGGAAUAUAAUAAGCUAAAGGAGCGCCUGCAUCAGCUUGUUAUGAACAAGAAGGAUAAAAACAUAGCCAUGGAUGUUUUAAAUUAUGUGGGUCGAGCUGAUGGCAAACGAGGCUCAUGGAGGACCGACAAAACGGAAGCCAGGAAUGAAGAUGAGAUGUACAAAAUUCUGUUGAAUGAUUAUGAGUACCGCCAGAAGCAGAUCCUGAUGGAGAACGCGGAGCUGAAGAAGGUCCUCCAGCAGAUGAAGAAGGAGAUGAUCUCUCUCCUGUCUCCUCAGAAGAAGAAGCCCAGGGAAAGAGCAGAGGACAGCACAGGCACUGUUGCUAUCUCUGAUAUAGAAGAUGACUCUGGGGAACUGAGCAGAGACAGCGUGUGGGGCCUUUCCUGUGACACUGUGAGAGAGCAGCUGACAAACAGCAUCAGAAAGCAGUGGAGAAUUUUGAAAAGUCAUGUAGAAAAACUCGAUAACCAAGCUUCGAAGGUACACUCAGAGGGCCUUAGUGAGGAGGACGUCAUCUCACGACAAGACCAUGAGCAAGAGACCGAGAAACUGGAGCUGGAGAUUGAGCGGUGUAAAGAGAUGAUCAAGGCUCAGCAGCAGCUGUUACAGCAGCAGCUGGCCACCACGUGUGACGAUGACACCACCUCACUGCUGCGAGACUGUUACUUGCUGGAAGAAAAGGAACGCCUUAAAGAAGAGUGGACCCUUUUUAAAGAGCAAAAAAAGAAUUUUGAGAGAGAAAGGCGAAGCUUUACAGAAGCUGCCAUUCGAUUGGGGUUAGAGAGAAAGGCGUUUGAAGAAGAGCGAGCCAGCUGGGUAAAGCAGCAGUUUUUAAACAUGACAAACUUUGACCACCAGAACUCAGAAAAUGUGAAACUUUUCAGUGCCUUCUCAGGAAGUUCUGAUCCAGACAAUCUUAUAGUCCACUCACGGCCACGGCAAAAGAAGCCACACAGUGUGGCUAAUGGGGUGCCAGCUUGCACAUCAAAACUGACUAAAUCUCUUCCUGCCUCACCUUCUACUUCAGACUUUCGCCAGACACAUUCAUGUGUGUCUGAACACAGCUCCAUCAGUGUGCUGAAUAUAACUCCUGAAGAAAGUAAACCCAGUGAGGUGGCAAGAGGAAGCACGGAUCAGAAGUGGAGCGUGCAGUCGAGGCCCAGCUCGCGGGAGGGGUGCUACAGCGGAUGUUCCUCGGCCUUCACGAGCGCUCACGAGGAACGAGAUGACUUACCUUAGAUGCGCGGGCUGCAGUGCUGUUCCCAGAUAUGCGCUAGAGGAGUUGACACAGGGUGUAGCAUAAAGUCAGUCGUCUAACUUAAGAGGCUCAGAGUUGAUUGUUUGGACUUCGCUGUCUUCCCCCAAAGAGCUGAAAUGCUAAGCUACUUAAAAGGAUGCAAAGCUUUGGUUGUGUGUUAGUAACAGAAGCCCCUGGCUCUGUGACUGCAGGAAUGAAUGGCGUUCGUUCGGUUGGAAACACAAGCGCUGGAAUGAUUGCCUCUCCAGGUACCGAGAAGAGCACUUUUAGGGACUGGUUCCUGUAAACAUUAAAGAUUCGUCCCAAGUGUGGUUGGCAUUGGAAGUGUAGCCUUUUCUUGAAUGUAUACUGUAGAUUUUUAACAAAGCAGGUUCUAUAUUUAUUAUGUUUAGUGUGAUUUUGGGAUUACCUCUUUCAUAUGUUUUGUGUCUGUACAUAAAUAUACAUGACUAUGUUAAGAGGCUUUAAGGUUUAAAAACGUCACACCAUGCUUGAGUAUAGCAUUUCAUGCCAAUUAAAAUGUUUUCAGUGGCAUGGUGUUUACAGAUGUUAGGACCACUGCCACAUGACAGUUAAGAUUUUAUUUUUAAGCCAUCUGGGCAAUAAAAAAUCAAAGCCCCUUCAUAAGCUGAGUUCAGAUAACUAGAACUACUAACGUUACAUUUUUGAGAUUUUUAAAGCAUUGUAUUUUAUUUUAUAUAUGUGAAUGUUAUAAUUUCUAAGAGGAAUAUUGAUUAUGGAGUAAUGGGGGAAAGACAAAUGUAUCUUUGAAUAAUAAUAUAAGAGCAUUGGAUUGAGAUAUUUGGAUGAUAAAGGAUAUUUAAGAUAGCUGGAUGCUGAUAUUUUCCUUACCAAAUGGGUGCCAGUACAGUCAUGUCUGUACCAGCCAGGGCUUUAUAUCAUUGCCAAUAAUUUUGUAAUUAAAAAAUUUUCAACUAGAUACCACUACUAAAGAAAUAAGACAAUGUGAAGCAUUGACUUUUAUAACUGAGACAUGGCACUCUGGACACUGUGUCGUCUCAUUUUCAGAACAAUCUUAGGAUCUUUCUGUUUCUGCUGCAUGUUUCCUCGUAAGAAGUAUGGCACUAUGAUAGUAAUGACAGUAACAUAAAUGUAGACGUAGGCCCAGGCUUCUCCUGGAUGGGUUUUCAUCCAGCAGCUUUUAAGUGCCUCACCCUGCUUGUCUCUGCACACAGACACUGCUGACACAAGCCCUGGCUUGAUGACGCAGGUAGUCCAUCUGCCUUUCUCUUUCCUUGUCCCUGCUGUGACUGUUGCAUUAAAUUCAUCAUGCUACCAAAAGCGAAGCCUUGUGUUGUCCAUUCACUGCGUGACUGCGGGUUCCACAGCUGCCGCCAUCUGGCUGGGUCUGUAAGACAUCCCGACCUGAUGAGGCACUGCAGCGGAGCAGGUGGCCUUUCCACAGCAACCAUGUUCAGAGUUUCAGGAGCUCGCUCUUAAGUGUGAGCUUCCUGGUACACGAUCACUUUUUUAUUCCUUAAAGUUUGACAUUGCAGAGCUCCUAUAGUCCAGAAGAGGAAACCCGGCUAGGGUGGAGUAAUUAGCUUCUGGUGAAGAAACCCAAGCCGUUUUGAAGUAGUUACUGUCUGUUUCUAUAUCAUGUCCCCACAGGGGUCUGUCUGUCUUAUCACACACUUUGCCAGAUACAAAUAUUGUUGUUCGUUAAAACCGUGCCUUAUUCCAUACGGAGGGUUUUCUGGGAAGGAACUCCUGCUUUUCUGCUGUGUUUGCAUUUCAGUGUGGGCUGAAUUCUCAUACUGCAAAGAAAUUCCUGGGAAGGGUCAAAGGAAACUGUAGAAGCAAGCCAGAUCCCUUAGGGAUGUGCACAGCUCUGCCAGAGGCUGUCCAUUUUCCUAGCUCUCUUGUUUUGCUGCCCAUUGCAAUUAUAAAUUCUGUGAUUCCUAUCCUCGCUAGGCAGGAUUGUCCAGAGGCGUGCAGUCACCUGAUGUUUGUGGGAAACAGAGUCUAUGGGGCAUGAUGAGGUGCCUAAAAUGCAGUUUGAACCACCCCUGUGGGUUAACAGACCCCUCCUGUGAUUGCCCUGCUGUGAGAAUUCUUCCAAGUCCACACACCCGUGUAGGAGGGAGGCGUUCUUGAGUUGAGUCCUGGAACUUCAGUAAAUACACUUUGCCCUGUGUGUGUGUGUGUGUGUGUGUGUGUGUGUGUGUGUGUGUGUGCUCUUCCAUUCAGUAACCAUGGACAAAGGACCUGCUGCUCUCUCAGGGUUUGUCAGGAGGAGCAGACGAUGGGCCUACUCCCCCAUCACUGGGGAUCCCUGGGCUGAAGGCCACAGAAAAACCUCGGUUAUCGUAAGCCAGUGGUGCGCCAGUCACACAUCUGAGCUGUUCCGGGUCCGCUUGCCCAUUUCACGGGGUCUCCUGUGGGGUGUACUCUGCACACUUAAUGUUUUUGCAGGGUUUGUUUUUCACGAAUGCUGAUGUGCAGAGCAGAUACGAUUUUUCUCUCCCGCAGGAGACAUGCAUGAAGUGAAGGUGUGAGCGUGCAGGUGAGGUCAGGGUGAGGUCAGGUGAGGCCAGGGAACAGAUGAUUUCAACCUUUUUUUUCUAAAUUGAGUGGUGACUUCUUUUUCCUCCUGGGGACUGAAUGUAAAUUAAAAUGGAAUGGACUAUUAAAUGAUUUGGUCUAAAACCA